AUGAAUUACGAAUUCGAGCGAGAGACAGGCUUUAUCAAUAGUCAGCCGUCGCUCGCGGAGUGCCUGACAUCUUUUACCCCUGUCGUUGAUGCAUUUCAAAGUUCAUCAAUCAAGAACUCGACGCUUUCACACUCGACACUGAUUCCUCCUCCUUUUGAGCAGACCAUACCAAGCCUGAGUCCUGGCAGCCACCCUCGCCAUAGCCGGCCAAAGCAGAACCCGAACGGCUCCUGCCCUCUGCCUGCCGCAUCCCUGCCUCCGGAGUACCCUUGGAUGAAGGAGAAAAAAGCCCCCAAGAAAAACCAGACAGCAUCGACAGCGACAGCCACCGACCCCGGGUCACUAUACUUCUCUCCACAAGGUUCGCCCGAGAUCUCGGAUGGAACCGGGUCCACACGCAGGCUGAGGACCGCGUACACUAACACCCAGCUGCUUGAACUAGAGAAAGAAUUUCAUUUCAACAAGUACCUCUGCCGACCGCGCCGAGUGGAAAUCGCCGCGCUGCUGGAUUUGACUGAGAGGCAAGUAAAAGUAUGGUUUCAGAAUCGGAGAAUGAAGCACAAACGCCAGACGCAGUGCAAAGAAAACCACGACGGCGAGGGGAAAUUCUUAAGCCUGGAGUUUGAGGAGGCUGCUAGUGGACAAGGCGACGGCAAAUCAUUUUUCGAGCAGGCGGCAAACAAUGUGUCCGGAGCUCUUUUAGAGAGAGAGAGUUACCCGUUUCAACAGAAUACUUUAUCUUCGCAACAAUCACAAAAUGGGCACAAUGGAGAAUGCCAGAGCUCCACUGUUUCGCCUUUAAACAGCAAUGACAAAAAUCUAAAACAUUUCCCUAGCCCGACACCCACUGUUCCUCACUGCAAUUCAACAAUGGCUCUGGAGUGCGCAUCUGCCCGGGACAAUGGCGGUCCCACGGCUCUGGACGUUCCUUUGCAGGAUUUUCAGGUUUUCUCGACAGAAUCCUGUCUUCAUCUUUCAGAUGCUGUAUCCCCGAGUUUGCCAGAGUCGGUCGAUAGCCCUAUGGGUUUAUCAUCAGAAAGUUUUGAUUUCUUCUCUGAAACACUCACAACAAUUGACCUGGAACACUUAAGCUACUGA